UUUGUUACCAGUUUCCUCGCGUAAGUUUUAGUAUUUACAAAUUUUGCAAAUUUUGCAUUGUGAGUAGUUGUCGGUUUCCUUAGUUAUUCGACAACUUCUGAAUGGAAUUCAAGCUGAGUGUUGUACAACUACGUGGACUUUAAAGUAAUGAAUAUUCUUUAAAAGUAACAACGAAUUGUUGUCACUUUACAAACAAAAAACGGACAAGGAAAUGUUAAAUAUUUAAAAUCCACGUUGCUACUCUCGUCUCUGGAGGCUGCUCUGGUUGAACUUUUAAUACUUUGUUACUGUGUAGAACAACAAAAUAUCUUCGCAAAAACUAUUGGAUUCUAAUAUAUUUUAAUAUGUCUUGGAAACCGAACCCAAACGCGAUGCCAUUUCAGCCAACCAAUGCUUAUUACACGAUAAAAUUGCCGUGUUGUCAAAACGCUUGGAAGAUUCGUAAAAAAGGUCUUAUAGGCCGUUGUGUGCAGUGGACAUUAGUUUUCAUUUUGUUUAUAACUGUCGUGGUCAAUGUUCUUUUUAUAAUGGACACCACAUCGAAAUUUAGAAAGCAACAAUUAUCAAAUCCCGAGGGAGAGGAUAAGGGGUUUGAAGAGAGAAGGCAUGUUAUUAUAGGUAUGUAAAUAUGAGAAAUAGUACCCUGAAUGUAAAUAAUAUUUUGGAUGGUUUCCUGAAUUCGACAUAUGCAAUAUUCAUGUAUUUGUCCUUUUGAAAUUUGAUCUGCAGUAAAUAAAGGAAACUGUUAUAAAAAUGUUGAUAGCAGAUGCCAUCUUGAGAAAUACUGCCAGAGCAUUUGGGUGUUUGGAGCAAAGGCUCUUUGUCAAGUGUAUUCUCUUGUAAAUUUUUAUAUGAUAAAGGGUCUUUGCUCCUUCUUUCAUGAACUCAGGGCCCAAUUACUAUUUCUCCCAGUAUUAAACUGUGAAACGACCGUUUUUUUAGACGGUUGUCACUGUCAGUUUUGUCAAUUACGGAGGACAUAUUUGUGUACCUCGUGAUCACAAUUUGUUGCAAGUGGCGUGUGAAAAACUGCAAGUUUCAGUCUGACAGUUAAAUGAGUUUCUAAUUUUAUUGUCCAAUCAGAUGCGUAGUUUUGAAUUUUCAAACUGAAACUUGCAGUUUUUUCACACGCAGCUUGCAACGAAUUGUGAUCAGGAGGUACACAAAUAUGUCCUUCGUAAUUGACAAAACUGUCACUGACAAACCACCUUAAAAACGGCCGUUUCGCAGUUUACUGGGAACAAUAGUAACACUUUAGUUUUCUCUUUGACAAGAAAAAUUGUCUGGUGUGAGAGUACAAUUAUCUGGUGUCAGACAGAGUGCAUAAUAAGAAAGUAGGGUGCAAUACGCCCUCAACAAAAGACACAGGCAUGCAGUUGGGUUAAUCAAAUUGAGUGACAGCACUCUCCCCUUGACAAGUAAAAUCAUCUGGCAUUAGACAGAGUAAAAUAAAGUAGAGCUCACAAGGGCACAUUGCAACUUAAAGGUUAACAGGAUGCAUUAGCAGAUAGCCCAUAGUGCUCUCCAUUUGACAAAUAAAAUUGUCUGGUGUUAGACAGAGUAAAAUAAUAAAGUAGGGUGCAUCAGGGUGCUUAAGUUUGUAAUGUACACAAGAGACACCCUGUAAUGUACAUGACAGACCAUUGUGGCUGGGGAAUGGGUUAAUAAUUCUUUAUAUUAAUUUCAUAACAAUUGUAGAUGCAAAAGAUAAAGGAAAAUCUAUAGAUAUUGAAGUACAUUCUAGUAAAGAUAGUGUGUUUGUCUCUGUCGAUGGCACUAAGGUAUGUAAAGGCGCAUUUCCACUCAGGAAAAUUUUCCGCAGAAAGGGAAUUUUCUGAAAAUAUCAUUGAUAAAACUUGAAAAUAUUCAACUUUGUGUCGGCCAUUUUACAAAAUUUUCUUUCUGUGGAUAAUUUUCCUGAGUGGGCGUUAAGACCUCAGCACACUAAUGAAACUCAUAUAUUUAUAGUGGAUUGCAGGGCUUGAAAUAAUGGCCGAUUCUCGAUCAAUGAUCGGCAAGAGAUUGUUCAUGAUCGGUGGAAAAACGCUCCUAAGGGUUUUCAAUCAGAAAAAGCAGGAAUGUCAUGACUGCCGAUCACCAUGAUCGGGAACUUUGGGAACCUUAAUUCAAGGCCUAGCUUGGACUGAUCUCUGUCAGCUUUUAUUGUAUAUCUGCAGAUUGAUAGCCAAUUUAAAACAUACUGUUAUAUAAAAUAUACUGUUAUAUAAUUUCUGUCAUUAUAAGGUGAUGGAAGAAACGACGACUAGUGAAUCAGCUCGAGGAAUACAUGUCACUGUUCUUCAUCAAGCUACUGGUGCUAUUAUGGCCACCAGAACAUUUGAUACAUAUAUGUCCAAAGAUGAGAGUGCUGGCCUAGUUUUAUUUCUCAAUAUGGUUUCUGAAGGACGUAUAUUGUGCUUUGCUGUCAAGGUAAAUGGUCUCAUUUCAGUUCGCUAGAUAGUCAGUUAUUCAGUAGGGAUGUGCCGGAUAUUGUUUUGCUGGAUACUGGAUAUUACCAGAUUGUAGUCUAAUGGAUACCAGUCAGGGAAAAAUCAUUACCAGAUAUCAGAUAAUGACCAGCAGGGCGCGAAAUAACGACCGGGCAACGGACAAUGUCCAGCCAGAAUGCGAAGUUGUCUGGUCAAAUUCUUACCUUGCCGGUCACUUUUGGUAAAAGAACAAACGAAUCUUCAUUUGAAUUAAUAGUCGAAGUAAAGUUGUCAAGUAUUAUAAUUAAGAACCAUAACAUGUUGUUGAAUAUUUUGCGGGAAAAGAACUUCAAUGUACUGCAGCUUUCCCACGCAGUGCGUCACAAAGCCCAUGGGCAUGCUUUUGGCUUUAGAGUUAAGGCCAUGGUUUUAGUGCAGUGGAAGUUGUUUUAUGCGAAGGUGUUUUUAAAUUACUGAUUACAGUAUAGGCUUUUUGUAAUACUAUAUUGGGAAAAUAAUCACAUUUUUAGGGGUAUACUUUAGUAGGCUUUGCUUUAAGCUGAAUAAAUAUUUGACCGGCCAGAAGUUUGGAAUGUCCGAGCUAAAAUUGAGUUGGCUGGUAACCUUGACCAGCGACCCUCCAGCCAUUAUUUGGUGCCCUGCUGGUAUACUGAUGGUGGUACUCAGCUUUGUAAUUUGUUGCGUAGGAUGAAGCAUCGUUCAACUUAAAGAAACCAGUGCAAAACUUGAUUCGAAGUUUAGGCAGCGUUCAUAUAGACAGCCUAAAAUGGCGGGACAGUUGGGCCUUCAUCGUUACUAAACGAGGAAAGAAGUAUGCUGAAGAAUACCACCAUGCAAGCGAUGUAGCGCACUGGGGAGACCCGGUCACUGCACGAGCGACGGUAGACCUUGCCCCGGCUGAACAGUCGCAAUGUCAUUGGGAUGAGAGUGAGGUGUCCAAAAGAAGACGGACAUUUUGCGACAGAUUUGAAGGAUAUGGUAGUGUUUGUAGCUGUAAGUUCUGAAUAAUAUAUUUAGUACUAUGUAGCUGUGAUAUGUAAUAGUUCAAAUAUGACUAAGUGUUCUUCCUCUGAUUUCUAACUUCCCUUCUGAGUUUUUUUAACCAGCUUGUCUGUAUUUAGAAAACAAGGGGAAGAAUACUUACGAGUGUUUGAACUUACUUCUCAAACGAACCCAUAUUUUAAGAGGAAAUCGAGAUUAAAGUUGGCGAAAUGGACCAUUUGCAUUAUAGACUAAAUUUUGAUCUAGACAAAAAUUUCAUCACAGCUUGAAAGAGCAUCACAAAAUUAGUAAUAUUCCAAUGAUUCGUUGCGAAAUGUUGUAAAAUGCGGAUAAUAUAGCCUUGCGAAAUUUGCAAUUUUCAGUCUUUUUAGAUUACAAACGGGAAAUUGAUGCCCCAACACCCGAUUGGGCUGUCAAUUUCCCGUGCGUAAUACAAAAUGACUGAAAAACGGCAAACUUCACAUGGCUAUAUUAUCCGCAUUUUACAACAUUUCACAACGAAACUUUGGAAUAUUACUAAUUUUGUGAUGCUCUUUCAAGCUGUGAUGAAAUUUUUGUCUAGAUCAAAGUUUAGUCUAUAAUGCAAAUGGUCCAUUCGGCUCGAGUCUUUCUUCUAUUUCUAAAUACUGAUUAAAUACUUAUUUCUUUUGAAUUUUCUUCAUUAAUGAGUUUUAGAAUGAUAUUUCAUAACAUACAAUUAUAAUAGCGCUGCAUUCGUGAUGUCAUACAGUACAACACAUGUAAAAAUCUCACAACUUGUCAACAAGAUGUGUUUGUACUGCUUGUUCGCAGUUGUUGACAAGUCUGGAACAAGUUGUUAUCAUCUUGUAACAAGGUUGAUGAGGCCAACAGACUCGCAACAAAUUGUUCUAACAAGUCUGAUAUUGUCUGCACAUAACAGAUUGUUAGCAACUUCAUGCCAACACACUUGUAAACAACUUGUUACAAACAUCCUGUAGACCUGUAUUAGUCUCGUUGGAACAUCUUGUAGCAAGUCUGUUACUAUCAUCAAGACAUCAACCUUGUAACAAGGUAACAACUUGUUACAGGCUUGUCACAACAACUGAGGAACAAUGCAAACAUCCUGAUAUCAUGAAAUCUGCUGUGUUGGUGUAAUGUACUCAGGUGAAUAAGAUGUUUGUGUGAUGUUACUCUGAGUGUAUAUCCACACCGGGCAGGCUUGAAAAGAGUAACAUCACACAAACAUCUUAUUCACCUGAGUACAUUACACCAACACAGCAGAUUUCAUGAUUAUUAGAUUACACUGAUAUCGAAGGAACUAGACUCAGUUCCGAAAUAUCGCAUACUCGAACCGUCCUGACCGCGUAGCUCAGUUGGAAGAGCAUUGGGCUAGUAUUCCAAAGGUCGUAGGUUCGAAUCCCGCCGUGGCCAGGCAUAUUUUUCAAGCCUGCCCGGUGUGGAUAUACACUCAGAGUAACAUCACACAAACAUAAUGAUAUCAGUUUGACAACAACCUUGUUGCAACUUGUUUGCAGAUUUUGUUGCAACUUGCGCAUUUUUUACAUGUAUGUAGGUUCAAAUCCGGCACCCAUCAACAUCAAAAGCCCAGAACUGGACAAAAAUACAGUCUCACAAAUACCCGUGGCGAUCAUAGCCAGCAACCGACCACAUUAUCUCUACCGAAGUAUUCGUUCCAUGCUCUCUGCUCACGGGGCCAAGAAAGAACUGUUUACAGUGUACAUAGACGGUUUCUUUGAAGAACCAGCUGCAGUAGCAAAACUGUUCGACCUCAAGGUUGUGCAGCAUGUUCCUAUCAGCAGUAAAAAUGCGAGAAUUUCACAGGUUUGUAUGAUCGCAAAUAUUUUUUGAUAGAAAUUCUAAAACCUAAAAUUUAACCCAUUAUUAGCGAUUUUAAAGGACAGUGGCAAUAUAAAAUUAGUUUGUCUUAUUCAAAAGAACUCUAAAAAUUAUAUAUUAAACUAUAUUACCGAUUUGUCGUAUCUUGCAUGCUUAGUUCUCGAAAUAUUUAGACCGAAAUUAAUGAGCUGUGCGCCAUCUUGGACGAGGUUUUGAUGACGUCAGGAGUUGGGUUAGCCAAACCAAAAUUGUUUGAAAUGUUUUUAGUCAUUCCUAAAUUUCAGACAGCAACCAGAAACGAAGUUUUGGACCCAUAUUGAUCGCUUACUCUCAAGAUAAAAAAUUAGCGUGACCCCUCUCUUGACGUAACAUGCAUAUCCUCAAUAAUCCGAGAUGGCGAACAGCUCACUUUUUCAAGUCGAAAUAUUUUGAAAACUAAGCAAAAUAUAAACAAUCUGUAAUAGAGUCUAAUAUAUAGUUUUAAGAGUUCUUUCAAAUGAACUAAACUAAUUUUUUAUUGCCAAUGUCCUUUAAAUAACCAAUUUAAAGCGCAAGACUAUAUUCCUUUGAUGAAUACAAUCUGUCUGGCAAUAGACAGGGGAAAAUAACAAAGUAGGGUGCAUUUGGGCAGUUUCAUAUUAUUCUGACACUAAAGAGUACAACGAGUGUCGAGCAGGAUUCAAACUCUUAUCUUUGGGUUCCUAGACCGCCGCUCUACCCAUUGAUUUACCAAGUCAACAGGGAUUGGUAGCAAGUCUUAUCCAAUUUAAAUUUCCAAAAUAUUUUCCAAAUUUUUUUCCAAAUAAUCUGUACUUGUUGAUCAUUUCCAUCUAGCAUUAUAAACGUACAUUAACGGAGACAUUCAACGCACACCCCAACGCUCAAUAUAUGAUCAUCCUGGAAGAAGAUUUGGACGUCUCUGUGGAUAUAUUUAGCUACUUUAGUCAACUAUUACCGUUGAUGGAUCAAGAUGAGAGUUUAUAUUGUGUCUCAGCUUGGAAUGAUCAGGUAGAGUAAUUAAUAUAUACGUGAGUUAAUUGGGUUGAUAAUGGGUAUAUAGACACUGAUGACUGUGGACAUACACUACCAAUUAUAUUGCCGUAUUUUUAGGGCUAUGAUCAUACGUGUAACGAUCCUUCAAUGUUGUACAGAAUUGAAACGAUGCCUGGCUUGGGAUGGUGAGUGUGCAAAUUUUGCCAUUAUCCUGAACAUGUAAGCCAAGACUUACAAGUUUUGUCUGAUUAUAGUUUCACCCUGGAUGUAUGUGAGAAGAAUGCUUCCAGCAGGCCUCGAAUUUCCCUGAAAUCAAUCGACGGCAAUGGUGCUAAAAAUUGCCGUAGAAUGUAACAGCUGUCUACGGCAAUUUUGGCAGUUUCCACGGCAUUUUUCAAAUUACUGUAAAAAACUUUAAUUUUAAUGUUACUUUGGUUUUUGACAAGCUAGAAACAUGUCUACGUAUUUCUUCAGUGUUUUUUUUUUGAAAAGAAAACUGAGACUAAAACGCAUUAUUUGAUCAAAAUCUGAAUUCAAGUAUCAAAAAUUCAAAAUAGUAAUGCACAGUGAAUAGUAUAAAAAUUGCACUAUGCGGCAAAAAAUUGCCGUCGUUGCUGCAAUGAUCCGCGGCAUUUUGUUCUCCCUCUACGGCAAUUGCCGCGAUAAAAUUCGAGCCCUGGCUUCCAGUCUUGACUACACAUAAUCCCUCCUGUAGUAACACAGGGCCAAAAGGGGAUCUCUAUAUCUCUAGAACUGGUAGAGCUAUGUAGUAUGAAUAAAAGUAUAGGUUUCCUUCUGUAGUAACACUGGAUCAAUUCUUGGUGACCCUUUAAGGGGCAACAGUGGCGUACUUGUCAGAGCGACCAUUUUUUACCUCUGUGAGUCGCUCAACGCACCACCGUGUGUUCUUUUUAGGUACUGUGGUUUCUCCCCACAAGGAAUGUUGACAGGGUGGGUUGGAAUUAGCCCCGAGUUGACCCUUCCAUCCUAGUAGCUGUAUUCCUAGCCCGUGUUCCAGUCCACUACAACACAACGGUUUAGUGGGCUGGAACACAGGCUACUGUAUUUCAUGAUCAGGCGUGAGUCAUAAGAUGCAGGGCCGCAGUAUAAAGUAGCGAUAAUCUUUAAAUUUUUAGAGGGAAAUAAUGACCUAAUAAUUGCUCCUGACUAAUCAGCCCUCCCCCAAUGCAAAAUUGCUUUCUACGGUAGUAAGAUGGCUGCCAGUCAGGCGCCCUUAGAAAGCCUUCGACGUCAUCCGGUUGGGCAAAAAAAAAAUAUGUGGGUUUCCGGUUUCUUCUCAUAAAAACUUAGGUAGGGUAGGUCGGUUUUAACUUUUUUUUAAACUUUUUUUUAAAAUUUUCCGAACGGAUUUUACUACAUCCCGGGCGUUCUUUGUCAGUGCCCGCGAUCACAAUUAGUAUUAUCAGCGGUAUAUGAUGAUAACAUCGAGUGUUUCCUGAAAUCACAAUGUUUGAAAGAAAACAUCUUAAAAGCCAAAUAUAAAUUAUAUAAUACUCGAUGUGAAUUUAUAACUUGAUUAAACUGUAACAGUUUGUCAGCAUGUUAAUCUAUAUUUCAAGAUAUCAGUUUGCUUCUAGUCAGUUUAUUUGAUCCAGACAUAUUGCCUUUUAAUUUUUUGACAAAACUCUUUAUGUUUUAGCACUAAUUUCACAGAUCUUAUAUGAGCUAGUAACAUUUAUAGCAGCUCAAAUAAAAAAUAACCAAGUGACUGGACAGACGGGAGUUAUUUCAUAUUUUGUAGCAAUAUAAAAACUUUUGUUUGCGGUAAUCUUCACCAAGUUUGUCGUUAGCUCAAGCGGUCAAGGCGCUGCGUACCGAAAGUGAAACGCAGUCGGGGUCGGGAUCGAUGCCGAACAUUUAUUAUCUGAUUUAGCUCUUUUUCUCAAUUUUUUGUAAUUUUUUUCUUCCUUCCUUUUUUAACUCUUAAAAGUUAGGCCGGUUAGGUUAGUGUUUGGGAUCGGUAUAAAAUCUAAAGUGCUUUAAAAAAGUUUUAAUCUUUUUUUAUCUGGUUGAAAAUGUUUGAAUAUUGAGUUGCGAACUCAACCGCUGGUAAUUCUAAUUGUGAUCGCGGGCACUGACAAAGAACGCCCGGGAUGUAGUAAAAUCCUUUCCGAACAAGCAGACGCCAUUUUGUUUAGUCAGUGCUUCCACAUCGAAAGAUAAAUUUCCCUAAUAUUGCCUCAAAUUUCAAUUUUCCACAAACUUUCCUCUAAGUGGAAACACUUACAAGCAUGAUCCAAUAAAAAAGUUUAGGGUCGGGAUUUCGACGUCCAAAAGCUAGGUAGGGUCGGGAAACCGGAAACCCACAUAUUUUUUUUUUGCCUUGAGAAACAUCCUUUGCAAUUCAGCUUAGCUCUCAGCUGCAAGUAAGGAUAAUUAGCACACGCCCACAUACUUACAGCCCCCAGAACAGUUUGUUCACACAAAAGUUCACCAGUUUAGAACUGAUAAAGCGCGUAUAUUUUCUUGAAGGUUACUAAAACGUCGUCUGUACAAGGAAGAACUCGAACCGAAAUGGCCGACUCCGGAUCUCUUCUGGGACUGGGAUAUGUGGAUGAGAAUGGACAGUAAUAAGAAAGGUCGCGAAUGCAUUAUCCCCGAUAUUUCCAGGACUUAUCAUUUUGGUGCCAAGGGUCUCAACAUGAACGCGUUUUUCCAAGAAUCUUAUUUCAAGAAGCACACAUUGAAUACGGAGCCGAACGUAAAGUUUAAUGUCGAACAGAUGAAAAAAGAAAAUUAUGAACAAGAAAUUGAACGAUUGAUGGGGUGAGUAUAAGAGAGGCAUGGUCAUCAGAGAUAUUAGGAAAAUACUUGAGCGUAACAUAGAAAAUUACUUAAAAUAUGAUUCCAGCUAUAUAGACUAAAUUUUGAUCUCGGCAAGAAGAACAAAAUCCAUCAGCACAGCUAGAAUGUUAAAAUUAGUAAAAUUGCAAAGUUUGGUUGCGAAAUGUUGUAAAAUGCGGAAAAUAUAGCCCUACGAAAUUUGCAAAUUUUGUAUUAAUUUGUAUUACGCACGGGAAUUUGCACCACUUUCGGCCCAAAUGUGGUGCAUUUUCCCGCGCGUAAUACAAACGAAUUCAAAAUUUGAAAAUUUCGCAGGGCUAUAUUUUCCGCAUUUACAACAUUUCGCGGCAAAACUUUGCAAUUUUACUAAUUUUAACAUGCUCUUUCUAGCUGUGGUGAUCGAUUUUGUUCUUCUUGCCUAGAUCAAAAUUUAGCGUAUAGAUGGAAUCAUCUAUUUCCCCAAUAUUUCUUAUUCUAGCAUCGCAGAACAAUUAGACCACAGUAAAGACCCUUGCAAAAAUGAAAAAGACUUCAUUCCAGAUACGACGGGUAAGACGUACGUUUUCUACAUCGAAAUGAAACACCCCAGUGAUUGGACCACGUGGAAUAAUAUAGCACGCUGCUUGCAUAUAUGGGAUUUAGAUGUACGAGGGUUUCAUAAAAGCAUGUGGCGAUUAUGGCUCAAAGGCAAUCACGUCCUCAUCGUCGGCUCACCUGCCUCGCCUUACGCUAAACAUAAACCUGAGAAUGUUAAACCUAUUUUUAUUCCUAAAAAGUCGGAACAUUAACGCAACAUCUAUCGUCGUGUGAAGUUGCCAUGCAGGGCAAACAAAUGAACCAACAACUGAACAAGGCAAAAAAAUACCUGGGUUUCUGUUUCUUAAUUGUUGCAAUUUUCUAGAGGUACGGUUCCUUUUGUUAACAAUUUUUAUAAAUGCUCUCGUGCAUAAGAAUGAAAUUCUAUGUGAAUUAUGGCAGAACAGAUAUGGCAUAAACAUUCGUUAAAUAUUUAUAUUGUAUCAACUUUGAAACAAACAGGUUGUACUUUAUAUAGGUAGUACAAAACUGGGUAGGUCACAACUGCAAUCGUGGAAUAAUUUCUUUGGGACAAAGUUAGCGUUCAUAUAAAAAACCCCGCCUACCUCGUCAUCGUUCCGCAGUACACAACAUUGAGUGGGGGAGGGGGGGGGGUGUGGGCCUUAAAACUGCCGUUAGCGAAACGACAUCGCAAACUGUUUGAUGCAUUAUUGUCCCAAUGAAUUGGUCUAUGAUUGUCGGUACGAGCUCUUUCCAAACUUCAGAUAAACAGCAAACCCAGGUGUUUUUUUCGCCGUGAGAUUUCCGAUAAAAAUGGGCGUAGCUCUAGGGAUGUCACCAUGUCUUAGAACCCCAGCUUAAGAUGACGUUCGUAUUGAUGAAUGAGUCAUUUAGAUAGAAUAUAUAAUAUUAUUAACGGAAUAGUUGCAGUACCCAGAUUGGCUAUGUUCAAUAUCGUCAGUACCUCUGGUUAGAAGUUAGGUAUCGAAGACUAAAUUCCUUAGAACAUUAAACAAAUUAUAGAAACAAUAAAAAAGGUAGGCCUCUGCUUCUGGAUAGAUUUUUACUCUUGAAAAAGGAAAGCCCAAUUUGCCCAAUCGCGUCCUGUCCCUACACAUCCAAAGUAUAGAAAACCCAGAACGUUACCAUUUUUCAUGUGGGGGACUGAGCCUGGCCGGGAAACCUGCGCUCUGCAGUUCCCUCUAUCUGUAUUGGACCAAAUUAGUGAAACACAAAAAUAGCAAACAACUCUCUACAUACGUUGUGAAUAGAUUUAAUUACAUUUAUAUUAUACUAUAUUAAUAAUACUAUAAUGAUUACGAUCAUUGAACAUGCAUAUAUUUUAAAUUGUUUGAAUUUUGCGAAAUCUAACACGCGCGAAGUUUGGAUUAAUUCCGUUUGAUAAACUUGAGUUAUAAACGCGAGUCUAUUAAUUAAACAUCCUAGUAAUUAAGCGCAAUUUGAAUCAUAAAAACUAAUUAUUAUGUGGUAUUUAAAGAGGAAGCCUAAUCAGUAAUCUGUCAACUGGGGUCCUGUAAUAUGGUGAAGGUUUAAUAUGAUAAAAUAUUAAAAAUAUACAAUACGUGGAUAUACUUGUUAAGAGGCAAUUUUUUUCAAUGUCACAUAUUUGCAAUGAAAAGUGUUCAAAACCUAAAAUCUUUUUAGCGUUCCUCUCAAAAUUACUUUGUUUUAGCUUUAUUCUCCAGUUUAUAGAAUUAGUAACCUUUUUAAAUGCAUCUGCCGGUUGGGAAACAUAAAAUAAUAGUCAAAAAUUGUCAAUUACAAUACAAUUGUUAAUGAUGCUUUGAAAUUGACGCCAAUGAUAUUUACAGCCAUAUAAGCAAAACUUACUGAACUUCAGACAUCAUUUUCUCUUUGGCGCACCAUCUAAAGUCUCUUCAUUUUAGCAUUAUUUUACAGAUAAAGCACUAAACAUACUUUUAAGUUAGUUUGCCGUUUGAGAAACGUAUCGAAAAAUAAAAAUUUUGAAUUUAGUCAUAACCUUAAGUGAUAUAUUGUACGCGCAUUAGUUUUGAGCGCAUGUUACGUGACAUACAAAAAAAUCUCCUCUUAAUAUGAUAAAAUAUUAAAAAUAUAUACAAUACGUGGAUAUACUUGUUAAAUUAAACAUUAAAAAAAUGUGACUAUACAUGAAAAUGCAGUUAAAUCCCGUCCAUGUUUUAACUAUUCUUUCAUGUGAAUAUGCGCCAACAAUAGCUGUGUGACCACAGCAAUAAAUGGACCAAACGCUGCCAGAAUAAAAGCUUGAAACGCUGGAACAGUGUGUCCAAAAAUCUUCAAACCAUGCGCAGUUUUUACGUACUUACACAUGCGCCGGAUAACCUCUACGUCAUCAAAAAGGAGCUUUUUGUUCUUUUGCUCUUCCACAUCGCAAUCUUCAAUCACCUCGUACACCCGUCGUAAACGAUUUUCAAGCCGAACCAUUAAGCUUAUUGGUAGAAAAUAAAGUAACAAUGAUUCCAGUGUCUUCACUAGCGAGCAAAUCGCGACAAUUUUCACAUUCUGUUUCACCCAUUUGGUUUGUAUAUCGUCACUGUUCGUGUUUUCCCCGGUGUUGUUCGUGCCAUUUCCUGCAUCUUUGCCAUGAGUUUGGGUGAACGAUGUUGUUUUGUUUGCUGUCAACAUACCUGCAGACUGUGUUGACGGUGCAUCGAUCGUGUAGUCAGUGUCGAAUGAGAGUUUUCCAUUAAAGUUUAUAUAUCUCGCGUAGUGUGGUACCUGAAAAGGAACAGUAGGUUGUGUUCACUGAGCUCCAUAGAGCGUUUGCAUCUGACGUCACAAGCGCCAUAUUGGUUGGUGCUCCAGAACAAACGAAUUUU